AUGGUGCGGCCUUCGAACAGCGCUCAGGGCACUGCUGAGCCCGCUGGUGCCGGGCAAGGGGCGCGGAGCGAGGUGGGCCAGACGCCGGGCGACGACGAAGAUGUUGGGCUGUCGUGCCAGGCUCAGGACUUGGAAGCCGCGGACGCUGCCGGUCCAGGCGCACUCUUGUGGUGCCGCUGCCUCCGCGGAAGGCUCCCCUGGAGAGGCGGGACGCCCGGAAUAAACACCAAAAGUCCCUGUCCAGGACUUGGCCUGUUCUAUACGCUGUUGUCUGCUUUCCUCUUCUCUGUGGUUUCUUUAUUUCUAAAGAUGAUUGAAGAUGUGCAUUCAGUAGAAGUCAGUGCCUUUAGAUGUGUUUUCCAAAUGGCAUUUGUUCUUCCAGGUGUAAUAUACUACAAGACAGGAUUUCUGGGACCAAAAAGCAAACGAAUCUUUCUUUUCUUCCGAGGAUUACUUGGCUCAGGCGCAAUGAUUCUUCUCUACUAUGCUUUCCAAGUAAUGCCUCUUGCUGAUGCCACGGUCAUUACUUUCAGCAGUCCAGUUUUCACAUCGCUGUUGGCCUGGAUAUUUCUGAAGGAGAAAUACAGUCCUUGGGAUCUUCUUUUCACCCUGUUCACAAUCACUGGAGUGGUGCUGAUUGCAAGGCCACCUUUUUUGUUUGGAUCCAAAGUAGCAGGAAUUGAAGGAACCUACACAGAUCAUCUUAAAGGGACGAUAGCAGCUUUAUCUAGUGCAAUAUGUACUGCUUCAACUUUUGUUAUACUAAGAAAGGUGGGCAUAUCUGUGCAUUAUUUUUUGUCCAUCUGGUAUUAUGCAGUAAUUGGAUUAAUAGUCUGCAUAAUAGCACUUUUUGCAAUGGAUGUAUGGAGUUUGCCUCAUUGUGGCAAAGAUAGAUUUUUCCUAAUAUUAAUUGGAUUGUUUGGGUUCGGUGGUCAGAUAUUUCUUACAAAAGCAUUGCAAAUAGAAAAGGCAGGUCCUGUUGCUAUAAUGAAAACUAUGGAUGUUGUGUUUGCUUUUAUCUUUCAAAUUAUUUUCCUCAGUCACUUACCAACUUGGUGGACAGUAGGGGGAGCCCUUUGUGUAGUAGCUAGUAGCUCUGGUACUGUUAUUCGGAAAUGGAGACAAAGUUCAAAAGAAGCUAAACAAAAUGAAAUCUAACCAGGUGGCACUGGCUACUAGUCUAUUGAUCAUAUACAGCACAGUAUUAUGAUUAUAUUGUUUAUUUUAAAUAAUUUAUGUAGUCAUCUGUUUUUUUAAAGGGCUAGUGACCUCUAGUACUCUUUCUGGUUCUGUACAUAGAAGUGGACAAGUGUUUCUUGAACAGUAAAUGAUUUUGAUAUUGAUGCAGGAAACCAUCCGUACUCCUAAGCUUAAUAUAGCAAGUGGCAUUCCAUAUUUCCCCUGCUAAUGGUGGGGAAUUCCACUUAUAUGCAUAGCAUUGAAUCUUGCCCAGUUCGUGUUUUAAUCAAGGAGUGUUCCCACUUCUACAAAGUGUGAUCUGAGUGCCAAUGUGACAGCGGUAUGCCAGUUAGCAUUGUUUUAAAAUUAUAUUACAGUAUUGCUGCACAAGCUUUUCAAAUAUAAAAUAAAGAAGCAUUUUGUAUUGCAGAGUCAUAUUUACUUUAUAAAGCUUGUGUUCACUUCAGUAAUUAAAAAUAUAUUUUACUUUUCUUCUUCAAAUGUUCAAGUAAAAUAUUCUACUGAAUAUUUUACUUCUCUUCAAAAAAUUGAUUCUUUUCUUUUUUUGAACUGGAAGUCUAAAGUAUAAAUUCCUUUUUGUAAAGUUAUGUUUGUUAAGUGUUUUAAUGGUAGGAUUUGAGUCCAGUGGCACCCUGGAGACAAUUUUCAACGUUUAAGCUAUCAAGAGUCAAAACUUCCUUCUUCUUGUUGGUCUCUAAGGUGCCACUGGAGUCAAAUCCUGCUGUUCUACUGCAGACCAAUAUGGUUCCUCACUUGUAUUAAUGCUGUCAUUCCUUGUCAUAUUUUUGUAAAGCAAAUUUCACAAUGUAUUUGUAGCGACAUAAGGUAAAACAAUUUGACUUCGCAUGAAGACUAUACCAGAGUAGAGGCAACAACAGCCAGACCGCUUGCUACUUGUCAGCUCCUGCAAUUCACCUAUAGGAAAAGAAUGGCCACUCGUCGUGUUCAUGGCCACUUAUUGUCAUCAGACCAUAUUGUAGCUACACAGUUGCUCAGUAGCACUGCAAAAAGUUUUGUUUACUAUUUGCUUAUUUAGCUAUUCUGUGAAGGCAGCAUCCACUUGUUAGUUAAGCCAUAAGUUUACAUUUAGGGACAAGAAGUUUGGUCUUGAGCUUGUUUAAGAGGUUCAGGCAUCAAGAAUAUCCCUGGCAAUUAGGCAACAAUUUAGGUAAAGCCCAUGUUACUUUGCAUUGCAGCAGCAUUCUCUUCAGUUUUACAUGUAUUAAAUAUUGUAGGUGGUAUACAGAAUUCUCUUAUCCUUUGUAUAUUGUUUGUAGAUGGCACAGGUGUUUUUUUUUAAAGUACAGGUAAACGCAGAAAGUUGCUCUAUGUAUAAAAUUUAGCUGUGUCUGUAAAGCUUUACAGCAUCUUCACUAUAUUCUUUGGAAUGUCUGUUUUGUAAAAUGGAUAUUUAAUUAAUACAUUUACAGUGCAAUACUAGUUUCAUGUGGAUAGUCUUGUUGGUCUGCAGUUGAAGAGCAAGAUCCAGGUCCAAUAGCACCUUAAAGACCAACUAGAUUUCCAAGGUAUGAGCUUUCAAGAGUCAAAGCUCCCUUCAUCAGAUACAAGGAGUGGAAAAGGGAAAUGCAGUCCUAAGAACACGAGUAAGCCUUGUUGAAUAGACCUGCUUAGAGCUGCUGUCCUGACACCUAGUACUGUUAUUUCAGAACACCUUAUUUGUAUCUCCAUCUGAAUAUAUUGUAGAAGUGAUUUUUUUUAACCAAAGAGGGAAAUUACUUUGAUGCGUGCAUUAAUGGACCACUGUAUAAAGCUCUUGUGUACUUUACAUUGAUUUUGGGUAAAGCAUUUUCUAUAUAGGUGCGUGAGCUUUCUUUUCUUAGUAAUACUUGCAAACUGUUUUAAAAAUGAAGAAAUGCAGUUUUGUUAUGUAUUUUUCUGCCAUAUUCUCUCUCAGAGCCAGAACCAAUACUGUACUCUUGAUCUGAACACAAGCUAAAAAAGAAUCAAAAGAGGGCUUUUAAACAAUUUAGUAAAACACCUAGAUUUUAUUUAAUCAUAAGGUUGUUCCAGAACAAGUUGUGUGCUUCAUAAUAUCCUCCACUAUGUUGUUGAAUAAGCUUGUUUUGUUCCUGUGUUCCAACUAGAUCUUGACUGAUUACCUUCCCUCAACCAGCCUUUAAGAAUACUUGUAAAGGCCCUUACUACAGUUCAUAAAACAGCCAGUCUAUGGUGCAAAGACACCAACAGUUUAUACUGAACCUAUUGAGGCAGGGUGAAGUAAUGGAUCUGGUACUGAUGUAGUGCGGUCUGUGGCUAAGUACUUGGUGAUAGACCAUUUGCACCUGCCAGUGUACUUUUUACAGUGUUGUGCCUUCAUAGGAACAUAAGAUACAAACAAGUUAAUAAAUUUUCAAGUUCAAAAAAUGUUAAUAAAUUUUCCAAAUCUGGCACCACUGUGAAAGUUAAGAUUAGUGUUUUGGUUCAAAACUUAAAUAGGAUUUUACCCAUUAUUUUAACUAAUAUCCCCAUAAGCCCUCAUUAUAUUAGGAGGAAAGGGGAAACACUAUUUUCUGUUUGUCAUUUUGGCUCCACAUUCUAUAUCUGACCAAAAUAAUUUAUGCUCGCAUUCUGGUGCAGUAUAGAAUUACUGCAGAAAAUCACUUGAAAUAACUGGAAUAUAUUCUUUGUAGUAUCAUGCUUUUUAUUUUUAAUGAAAAGGAUAAAAUAUUGUCGUCAUCAGAGAGCUGCUGUAGCAUAGUGGAUAAAUGGAUGGGCUGCAAAUCAGCACCUCUGCAGGGGGGCUUGGGUACUCCUCUCAACCCCAGCUCUCCAGCUGUAUCGUGAGUGUAAUAAUAACACUGAUUUAGUUAACUCCUCUGAGUGGGAGCUAAUCUGUCCAGAAGGUCGGUAUAUAAGCACACUGUUCUUGUUGUUAUUAUUUUGUACAUUUGUCUAGAGCUGCAAAGUUUUAUGAUUCAUUUCUAAGUAGAGUUAUUUUUUGUUUUGGUUCACUUUUGGUUUGGCCCCCUAGGUCUACCAAUAUGGCAUUCUAGCCUCUGUAUUUUAAUUAAUGUUGAGUCUCUACUAGCCAAGCAGGCUAAUUUUAUAUAUCCUUAUUGCAAAAUAUGACUAGCUGAAUUUAGAUGACUAGCUCUCAUAGAACACAUAGGCUUUCUUAUAUGGAAAUACAAACAACAUGUCUGUAGUACUAGCUUCCAAAUUAUUGCAUUUAUAGUCAGGUGUAACAAUGAAUAUAGAGGGUUGUGUGUUGUCUAUUACUUGCCUGUUUUGCUUUUUGAAAAAUGACUUUUUUGGCCUCUUUUCUUCGGGUUAAUUGCUUCUAUGUCAGUGACUUGGGUACACAGUAUCUAUACAUUAUGUUAAGCAAACUGGAUAGUUCUAUGUGUGGAACCAUUUAAUAAUGAGAUGCCAAAGAAGUGUCAUGGUAUAAAGGGUUGGAAUAUCUGUCUGCUGUAUUUUCACAGAAUGUUAGCAAGUUAAACCAUAUGUUCUUUUCACUAAUUUAUUAUACAUUAAGCUGUUUUUGUAGUUGUUUUAUAG